AUGGUCAAGAGAAAGCACGAAAGCACAGAGGCCGACUCGAACGGUUCGGCCAAGAAGACAGCGAGGUCACAGGACGUCCACGCAAACUUUGGCGACAAGCUGUUCGACCGUAAUGUCGUCACAAAAUACCGCGACGACUAUGCGAAAAGCGGACCGUAUGUCGCGUUGACUGCUUGUAUACAGCCUGGCUCUGACAAUCUUCAGNNCUACUUGCACACCGUUGUGUCUGGCUUGAUCAACGACUCCCUCCUCCGUUCUGUCCGUCGUGAGAUCAUCGACAAUGUCCACUUUACACCAAAAGAAACCGACAUCUACAAGAUUCACCAGUCUGGCGACCUUGCCAACCUCUCCGGUCUCGACCCUUCUGCACUCAAGCUGUUACCCUCGCUACUCACCCUGCGCGACUCGCUCUACUCUGCCGAAUUCCGCGCAUGGGUUUCGGAAGUCUCGGGCGCUGGCCCUCUAUCGGGAAAGAAGACGGACAUGGCUGUCAAUGUAUACGCUCCCGGCUGCCACUUGCUGUGCCAUGAUGAUGUCAUUGGUACCAGACGUGUCAGCUACAUCCUCUACUUGACCGACCCGGAUACGCCAUGGCAGGCCAACUGGGGUGGUGCCUUGCGUCUGUACCCCACCGAGGAAAAGACAGACAGUGAUGGCAAGAAGGUCAGAGUGCCACACUACGAUUUCACAAAGGUCAUCCCGCCAGCUUGGAAUCAGUUGUCCUUCUUCACUGUCCAGCCUGGUCAGAGUUUCCACGAUGUUGAGGAGGUCUUCAAGCGCAAGGAUGGCGAAAGCGAGGAUGAUGGUGGUCGUAUCCGCAUGGCCAUCUCUGGCUGGUUCCACAUUCCGCAAGAGGGAGAAGAUGGCUUCGAGCCAGGACUUGAAGAGAAAUUGGCCGAGCGCAGUUCUCUGCAACAGCUGCAGAGCAAGAACGACGAGUUUGACUUGCCUCAAGAGCAGUGGAUCGACCACGACGAGUCGACGGACAAGGCCGAGGAUGCAGAGGAAGAGGAAGUCGAGUUUGAUGAGAAGGACAUGGAUUUCCUGAUUCAGUACAUGACGCCGCAGUAUCUCACACCGGACACAGUCGAGGAGCUAUCCGAACUCUUUGCCGAGGAGUCAAGUCUGCAGCUCGCAAAUUUCCUCUCCAAGAAGUUCAGUGCUCGUCUGCGCGAAGACAUUGAAGCUCAUGAUGGCAAGAACGAACCUGCAACUGAUGGCUGGGCCACGGCAACUCCUCCCCACAAGCAUCGCUACCGCUUCAAGCACGCCAACCCUUCUGCUACCGACAACUCCGCAUACGACGAGCUUCUCAACAAGUUCCUGCCCUCUCUUGCUUUCCGCAAAUGGCUGAGUCUGGCCACUGGUCUGACACUAGCAAAGAGCAGUAUUUUGGCGCGCCGCUUCCGUAAGAGCUUGGACUACACAUUGGCAACCGGUUACAACAAGUCCGAGGCACAGCUCGAAUACUGUCUUAACCACAAGAAGAAGGCAGCAGACCCUGCAAUCUAUCAAGCUGGCAAUGAAGAAGACGAUGGCAUCCUGUUCUCAAACCCAGCAAACUGGAAUACACUGUCUGUUGUUCUCAGAGAUCGAGGCGUGUUGAGAUUUGUCAAGUAUGUCAGCGAGAGCGCCAAAGGUGAUAGAUGGGAUGUCGUUGGCGCGGUCGAGGUGAUUGAUGACGAUGAUGACGAGGACGAGGACGGUGCAGAGGAGUAG